GAGAAUCUCUUCUUCUUUCCUAAAACACAACACAAAACACUCUAAUUCUUGUUAACCAUAAAAUAUUCAAAUUUGAUUGAAUUAACUUAAUUGUAGUCCGAAUUUCUAUUAUAAUUUUGUGUGAUUCUCAUUUACUUCCCUACCAUGUGACUAAAGUCCUGAUUAAAUAUUCAAUGCGCUUCUUGCCAAACUCUAGGUCCUACAAAUUCCAACUUGUUCUCACACUGGAGAAUGAGAGACUAAAUAAAAAAAUAUUACGUUUGUGGCUCUGAAUUGACGCAAAUUUGAAGAUAAGAUAACAGCUAUCUUCUGCGUGAUAUCAUAAUAGUAAUAAUAAUAAUAUUUCAAUAUACAUUCAGUUUUUGUUUAACGACUGACUAAUAAGGUCGUAUGUGAGCAAAAUACAUUCAUUUGGUUACACACAAUCUGACAUACAAACAAACGAAAAAAAUAAGAGUUUUAAUCGUACUAGUCAUAUGAGAAUAAAUCUAAUAAGCAAUAACUUAGUGCUUCUGAAUUAAAAGUUUAUUGUAAAUAAUAUAAUUUUUAUAAGUGAAUAAGUCAUAAGGUGAAAGAGUUAAAAGCUCUAAAAUUAAAAAAAAGAAAACUCAAAGUGUGCUUCCAAAAAAAAAGAUAAGAGAUAAGUUAUUUUAAAUAAUAAAACACAGAUGAAAAUGCGUAAAGUAUUUUUGCAAUAAAAAAUAAAGUUGAGAAAAAAAGAGUUUUUUAUACAACGUUAAAAAGCAUAAAACAAACAUACAUAAAGACACUAAAUGCGAGAAGAAAACAUGUUUAGUGCAAAAAAGUAACAGAAACAUAUUUGAAAGUUAUAUUUAUAUUGGAUAUAAAUGGCAAACUGGAGCAAUAGCAUGGAUCAGUGUUCAAUUUAUCAAAUGAAUGAUGAAAUAUCAUACACAACACAAACAACUCCAUCGGCUGCGUCUCAUAUGUUAGCAAAUAAUCACCAUUAUAAGCAUGAUAUAUCGCAACAGCCUUCACAGCACAAUCAUCAGGGCUUGCGAUUUCAACUACAAUCUCAAAAUCAACAGAUUCAAAAUUCUAAUUAUCAUAUCUUAUCGCGACACUAUCUCGGGCAACAUCAUCAACAAUAUCAUCAUUAUCAGCUUCAUCCGCAUACCGGUAGACAACAUGUGAAUGUUUCCUCGAGUAUACCGCUUAAUGCCAAUGGCGAGCCUAUUAAACUUCCUGAAAAUCUCGAAACGUUGCCAAAAGCAGAUCAUUUUCCAAGUAUACGUCAUCGUUGGAACACAAAUGAGGAAAUUGCUGGCAUUCUUAUAAAUUUUGAGAGGCAUGCGGAAUGGCAAUCGAAAGAAGUGAAGACAAGACCGAAAAGUGGAUCCAUGUUACUCUAUUCUCGAAAGAAAGUACGUUAUCGUAGAGAUGGAUAUUGUUGGAAGAAGCGAAAAGAUGGGAAAACUACGAGAGAAGAUCAUAUGAAACUAAAAGUGCAGGGAACUGAGUGCAUUUACGGAUGUUAUGUUCAUUCAGCUAUUCUGCCUACUUUCCAUCGUCGCUGCUACUGGUUACUUCAGAAUCCUGAUAUAGUUCUUGUACAUUAUCUAAAUGUUCCUUAUCCUGAUGAUAGAACUCAACAUAAUAAGCUCAUAAUCGCUCCAUCUUUGCUGUUUAAUGACAAGAAAGAAUGGACGAAAGAGGAAUUGCUGAGUCAAUUAAAGCCAAUGUUCUUCAAUGAAGAUGAUGCUGAAAUGUCUCGUGAUAUUGAUUCGUUAAUGCAUUCACAAACAUCUGAAACGGUCGAGGCAAUCGUGGCUCAAUUGAUGGAGAAACAGCGAAAUGCUCGUCAAAAUGCUUUGGUAAAGCAAUUGGAUCAAAAUUGUUCGGAAUCUUCUUGUGUAUCAAACGGAAAGCAUUCCUUCAAUACAACAACUCGAAAUAUUCAUUCCAAAAGCUAUAAUGAUAUGUUGAAACGAUCCGAUAGCGUUGAGCAUGUUUCAAAUGCCAAUUUCAAUACAUUUGAGUCAAAACAACCAUAUCAGCGAUGGUAUUCGGAAAGACACAUAAGUACAAGUAUAGUACAAGAUAAGCCACAAUCAACGAUGAAGAAUAUAAAAGUUGGUUUAUCGGGAGACUUUUCAUCGAAAUCUACGAUUGCUGCCAACGUAAUGAGUCAUGAUACUUCAAAUCAAUCGUUUUGCAAUAAAGCGAGUAAUAAUAUUUACAAUGUACAUGUAAAUAACAUACAAAGCAAAGCAAAUAACAGUAUUUUGAAUCCAAUUGGCAACGAUGUUGGUCAGCAGCACGGCUCAAUGAAAAAUAAUAAUGUCAUUAUGAAUGGUAUGGCUGACUCUAGUGGUAAUAAUAGUGAGAUUAUAAAUGAACAUGGUAUGAAGGAUAAUACAGAUGUUAAUUAUCAAAAUAUUGAGAAUCAUUUGAUGAGCUUUCAUCAUCAUCAGCAUCACGACAGUCAUCAAAAGUUUGACUUGUCUAACGAACAUAUCUCUUCAAAUAGUAAUGAAAAGGCUAUUUCAUAUAAUCAACAAGCAACUAGAAAUAAUAUAUCAUCUGAUACAUCACUUCCAUUAGAUUUGUGUCAGAUUCAACAUUCAUUAUCUCAAGAUACACAAUCACCACAAUAUCUUCUUCAACAUGAACGUGAAAUGGACAACGAAAGUAGCAUCAAAAAGGAGCAAACCUCAAUAAAUACCCUAAAAGAAAGUGGUCAUGAUGAUAAGAAAGAAGAAUCUUUUACUUAUAAUACAACACUUGAUUUAUCUCAAGAAGACAUACAGCAAACACUCAGUGCAAAUAUGCCAAAUCAUCGUAAUGAAGAGUCUAUGAAUGCCAUAAAUUUCAUUGAAAAUUGUUCAAAUACAGAUGAUGAUACAUUUGUUAAUUUAGAUGCAUUUGAUAUGCUUGUGGAGUUGCCAGUUGAGCUAGAUGAGCUUGAGGCAGCACGAAAUCAUCUUGUGUCAAAGACGGAUAAUUUUAAUAUAACAGAAUUUUGUCCCGACUGGUCGUAUGUUGAAGGUGGCAUGAAAGUAUUGAUUACUGGUCCAUGGAGUUUAGACACAACCUAUACAGUCUAUUUUGAUAAUAUAUCAGUCAAGGCGACAACAGUACAAAAUGGUGUUCUGCGCGUUUACGCACCACAACAUGAAAUUGGAGUUGCAAAAGUUUGUGUCAGCGACGGUGUUCUUGUAUCAAACAUAAUUGACUUUGAGUAUCGGAUGCAACCAAAAUAUGAAUAUCGAAAUUUUGAGAUUUUAUAUAAAUUCAGUUUACUUCAUCGACUUGAGGCAAUGGAAAAUAAUCAAACGCAUAAAAUCAAAGAGGAAUCGAACGAUAAUGUAAAUAUUUUCGAGUCAGAUCCAGAUUUUGAGAAUCGCUUAAUAACAUACACAAAUAGUUUAAAACGACAUGAGAUCUCAUCGAUUUGUGAAAAGAAAGUGAAUGGAAUGUCAAUACUACAUUUGGCAUCCUAUCUCGGCUAUGUUAAAUUGAUUGAGGUACUACUUGGAUGGAGAAUGGAAAGUUCAAAUAAAGUCGUUCGUGAUGAAAUCGAUCCUUUAUCGCAAAAUGAUGAUGGGAAUACGGCUUUGAUGGUUGCUUGUGAUAAUGGCUGUUAUGAUGCUGCUUUGCUGCUUCUUAAAUAUGAUCGAUCAUCAUUGCUGAUAAAGAAUAAAUCAAACAAGACAGCUUCAGACAUUUGUAACACUAAUGGUUACAUGAAAUUGGCUGAUGAGCUUACAACUGUAAUAUCAAUAAAGAACAUCCAAGAAAGCAGUUUUCUUACAAGUCCAUGUAAAACAAUUAACAAUGGCUGUAAUGUCAACGAUGAGAGCUAUUUGAACGAUGAGGAACUUAACGAUAAAGUGUUUAUUCAUCCGGAAACAAUUAAUUCGUCGUUGGGAAGUUUACAUCGGAAGGGAGAUUAUCAGAACAUAUUGGAAACAACGAAGCGUGAUCAUAAAUCUCGUAGCAUGUCAUUACCCGUUACAUAUAGUGACAUCGAUUUAUUUUCAUCCGAUCAAGAGUCAUCACAAAGUGGAUUUCAACAAGUAUCCUCGUCAUCCAACAACUCUCUAUUGUCACCAAUGAGGAAGUUUGAUUUUACAUUCUGUCAUACUGAUAAAGAUCAAAGUAAUUCUUCAUUAUCUGAUGAUUUUAUUAUAUGCGAAAAAACUAAACCGAUAGACGAGCCGAAUGUUAAGGUUCUAAAUUUGGCUGAAAAGAUCAUCGCAGCACUACCAAAUCACAUCAAAAAUGAAUCUGAUGAUUCUAUGGCAAUGGAUCUAGAUAAAUCCUUCCACGACACAACCAGUUCAACACGAAUGAAUGAUUUGUUGAAUGAUUCCUUUAUGGAUUCAAAUUUUGAUCAAAAUUUUGUUGAGCAUUUUGAACUUGAAGACUAUCGGUACGAGGAAAGUCGUACGCCAUGCUCAAGUCCAGCCAGUUCAGGUCCACUACAGAGUCCUUACUCAUGUGGUCAAUUGUCGGAUCAUCCACGAAGUCCUCCAGUUACAACGCAAGAUUUUACACAAUUUUUUGAAGCAUCAAAUCCAGUCUCACAUGCUUUUGAAUCUGAUUUCUCUCAACUUACGCUUACGGAUAAUGAGCAGCGUGAAUUAUAUCAAGCUGCAAAGUGCAUACAAAAGGCAUAUCGAACAUAUAAAGGAAGAAAAAAGAUGGAAGAACAGGAUAAGGAGCGUUCAGCUGCCGUAAUAAUUCAAAAUUAUUACCGUCGAUAUAAGGAAUAUGCUUAUUAUCGUGAGAUGACAAAUGCAGCAUUAGUGAUUCAAAAUAAAUUUCGAUCAUAUUGUGAGAGCAAAAAGCGCAUCAAGACGUCAAAUGGAUCAUCUGAUGCUCCAUCAAAAGACGAAUCUCUCGAUGAUGACGGCAGAAACAAUGAGCAAUAUUUGAGUGCAAAUGAAAUUAAGGAACCCACACCAACAAAUAUAACUGGAUUAAAGCGAACAUAUUCCCAAAGUACACAGAAUCAAGCAGCAAGAAAAAUUCAACAAUUCAUGCUAACCGCUAAGAACAAUUUUUCGGAUAUUCGUGUGGUUGCAGAGAGAAAGACAGAGAAAGGCCGAAAACGAGAGGCAGAGCGAUCAUCAUUAGGCAUACCAAAUAAAUUUUGCGUAUCAAGAACAUCAACGAGAUCAAUCUUUUGUCAGCGACCAUUAGCAAAAAAAAUUUAAAAAAAAAUUUCCAAUCAUUUUUCCUUUCGUUUUGUAAAAUUUUUAAAAGUGAGCUUUCAACCGUCCAAAAAAAAAAAUCAAGUAAAAAUAUUAAAUGAAAAAAUUUAUGCUUAACAUGCGAAAAGAAAGCGAGAAACUUUUAAUAUUUUUUAACUUAAAUUGAAAGAAUUUUUCUCGGGAGGAAUCAAGGAAAGUCAACAAGCUGUGUAAAAAUUCUUGAACUUUUUUUAAAAAUUCAAUUCGCUUUUCAAGAAUUUUUAUAGCUCAUUGAGGUAAGUUAUUCAAUGACUGAAAUGAUUUUUUUAAAGAAAAUCUAGUGCCAUAGACAGAUUUAACCUCAAAGUUGUUUUUCCUUGAAUAUGAAAAGUCUUAAAUCUUUAAAAUUCUACUAAAAAAUGCCAGUUAUCUCUGCGAAACUAGAAUAGUAAAAAAAAUCUUUUUUAAAAACACUUGAAGUUAAGUUUACUGUACAUUCCUUUUAAUACAAAACGGAAUGGAAAUAAAAAAAUCUUUUUAAAAUGAAAAAUAUUGAUGAAAAUAUGGAAAAAAUUAAAUUAUUUAUAAUCAGCACAAAAAAAUUUUAAAUAAGGUAUAAAAAAAAUUGGAUAUGAAAAAAGAAAUCUUUAUAAAAAAUCUUGUUCAUAUAAUAACGCACGAUUUUUCAUAUAUAUACAUAAAAAAUACAUUUAAGAUGAAAAAAAAGAAAA